AUGGCUGAGGAUACCAAGGAGGGUGUCGAGGACGUCCGUACGGACGUCAAUGACUUCAUCGUCGACUGGGAUGGGGACGACGACCCCGAAAACCCGAUGAACUGGACAUCCCGGAUGAAGGCGAUCAAUAUCGGCAUGCUCUCAUGUUUGACUUUUGUCACCCCGCUCGCGUCCUCCAUGUUCGCGCCAGGUAUCCCCGGCGUGAUGAAAGACUUCAACCAGUCGAGUGUCAUUCUCGCCGCGCUCGUCGUCUCGGUCUACCUGGUCGGCUACGCCUUUGGUCCCCUUGUUUGUGCGCCCAUGUCGGAGAUCUAUGGGCGGUUGCCGGUUUACUUGAUCACGAACGUCCUUUUCGUUAUCUUCACCGUCGCCUGUGCCGUGGCCCCGUCGCUCGACAGCCUCAUUGGGUUCCGAUUUCUGGCGGGUUCAGCGGGAUCGGCGCCUCUGGUGCUUGGUGGAGGAAGUGUGGCAGAUUUGUACCCGAGAGAGAAACGAGGGUCGAAGAUGGCCAUCUUCGCAAUGGGUCCGUUGAUAGGUCCCGUCGCUGGUCCCGUGGCAGGUGCCUUCCUCUCGCAGAAUGUCGGGUGGCGAUGGGUUUUCUGGGUCAUUACUAUUGCGGCUGGAGUUGUUAUGGUCAUGUGCUUCAUCUUCAUGAGAGAGACCUACGCUCCUGUCCUCCUCGAGAGAAAAGCCGCCAAACUCCGGAAGUCGACUGGCAAUGCGCAAUACGUCUCGAAGAUGUCGACGGAUGACACCCCUCGCGCGGCUCUUAUAAAGGCCCUGAUCCGCCCAACCAAGAUGUUCUUCAUGUCUCCAAUUGUCUUCAUUUUUGUUAUUUACAUCUCCAUCGUUUACGGCUACCUCUAUCUCCUCUUCACCACCAUUACCGAGAUUUAUGAGACUACAUAUGGCUUCUCGACCGGUCUCGCGGGGCUCUCUUACCUGGGUAUUGGUAUCGGCAUGUUCAUAGGGUUAAUCUUGUUCGGCGCCACCAGCGAUAAGCGCAUCCGCGCGAAACAAGCCCAAGGCGACGUGUCACCCGAGAUCCGGUUGGAAGGGCUAAUACCGGCCGCAUUUUGCAUCCCAAUUGGGUUGUUCUGGUACGGAUGGUCGGUAGAGAAGGAGAUCCACUGGAUUAUGCCCAUCAUCGGUACUGGCUGGGUUGGAUUGGGGCUCAUGGGCAUUUUCAUGGCUGUCCAAACAUACUUGGUCGACUGCUACCCACUCUUCGCCGCCAGCGUCACGGCCGCCAACACCAUCGUCCGUUCCCUUGUGGGGGCCUUCCUUCCACUCGCCGGUCGACCCCUGUACUCCAGUCUCGGGCUGGGUUGGGGCAACAGCCUGCUCGGGUUCAUCGCACUCGGAAUGGCCCCUCUGCCAUUCUUCUUCAUGAAGUACGGCGCCUGGCUCCGAACCCACCCAAAGUUCCAAGUGAGCUUCUGA